CAGGCUUGGCAUAGGGCAAAAAAUUCAAAGUUUCUUAGCCUUCAUUGGUCAGCUGUAAGCGACGUCAUAGCUUUGUCAUAACUCUGAGGAAGCGGGAACCCCAUCAUCCUUAUUGACUGGAUCUCCAUGCUGGCUCGCCUACCGAUUGAAAAAAUCUAAAGCUUCACAAAUGGCUUGCGAGAAAGAAAUAUGGCAAAAGAUUGGAGAGGGCUUUGUCCAAGAAUAUUACAACCAGUUUGACAAUACCAACAGGACGGGACUGGGUAACCUUUAUUCUGCUGACGCCUGUUUGACGUGGGAAGGUUCACCUUUUCAGGGGAGAGAAGCCAUCUCUGGCAAAUUAGCAAACUUGCCUUUCAAGCGUAUUAAGCACAUAAUCACAGAACAAGACUUCCAACCUACGAUAGAUAGUUGUAUCCUCAUCAUGGUGUUUGGACAGUUGCAGGUAGAUGAUGAUCCACCAAUGGCCUUUCAUCAAGUGUUUAUGCUGAAGUCCCAAAACUGCACCUGGGCCUGCACAAAUGAUGUGUUCCGGUUGGGUAUACACAACAUACCAGUGUAACGAUCUGGAUUUGUUGGUUCACACACAUUGACAUCCAGCUCAGAGUUCAUUUAAUAGUCAUGCUGUCAUUAAAAACACAAGGGAUUAUAUGAAAAGUUCCUCUGUAUUCAAUUCAUCUAUUAGCAUGCUAAUUGUGUUAAAGAUGUCAUGUCAAAUUGCAUUCCUGUCCAAUAAAAUAAUUUCUUUCUGAAA